AUGGACGACGGUUCUCAUCCCUCCGACGACCCUCUUGAUCGUGAACAUUGUCGGGGUGGUGGCAGGGUUCUCCGACGCGUUGAACAAAGGCUACGAGGCUUGGGGGCCAUUGUUCGGGAAAGUGUUCUUCGCGUUCUGGGUUAUACUCCAUUUGUACCCGUUCUUGAAGGUUUGAUGGGGCGGCAGAACAGGACGCCGACGAUUGUGGUGCUCUGGUCGGUGCUUUUGGCGUCUGUGUUCAUCCGUGCACUCCACCAAAUCGGGGCUCGAUGUCUCCAUCCGGAUCACAUCCGUAAGGGAAGCGAAUGCUCUGCCUCGGACCACUUCAGCCAUCAACGAACCUUUGAAUCGGCAGAACCCUUCGCGGGUGCGGGGCAAAUCCCAGUCCCAUUCCAUAACAGUUUGUUGAGCCCCAGUCGCGACCUUGCGGGCUUGGUCGUGGGAGAGGCACUUGUCAUAGCUGGAGAGAUUCCUCCUCCUCAAUGUCGUUCAUAA